UCUUUCUAUCCCAUCUGCGAAAGCCUAGGGAGACCAAACCAAAAACCUUAAAAAAUAAAAAUAAAAAAAAAACCAAAAUUAAGACACAAAAUCCAUUCAGUACUUCUCUAACCUUAAAACCCUCAAAAAUUUCCAUGUGUCGGAACCUGUGAUUCGGAUCCCAACAACACAGUCCCUUCCUUCCCUCGUUCGAUCCGCUUCGGAACGCCGCCAUGACCCGGCGAUGCUCGCAUUGCAGCCAUGGUGGCCACAACGCCAGGACCUGCCCCAACCGCGGAGUCAAGCUUUUCGGUGUCCGAUUGACUGAUGGCUCGAUCCGGAAGAGUGCUAGUAUGGGUAAUCUCACCCACUACACUGGCUCCGGGUCUGGACCUCUUCUUGGUGGGUCCAAUAACCCUGAUUCUCCCGGUGAAACCCCUGAUCACGCCGCCGCUGCUGACGGUUACGCCUCUGAGGAUUUUGUUCCUGGCUCUUCUUCUAGCUCCCGUGAAAGAAAAAAGGGCACUCCAUGGACUGAGGAGGAACACAGAAUGUUUUUACUUGGAUUGCAGAAACUGGGCAAAGGUGAUUGGCGUGGAAUUGCAAGGAACUAUGUUAUUUCAAGGACACCUACUCAAGUGGCCAGUCAUGCUCAGAAAUAUUUCAUCAGGCAAAGCAAUGUGUCUAGGAGAAAGAGACGGUCCAGCUUGUUUGAUAUUGUUGCAGAUGAUGCGUCCGACACUCCAAUGGUAGAGCAAGACUUCUUGUCAGCUAAUCAGCUACAGACUGAAACAGAAGGCAAUAACCCUUUGCCUGCUCCUCCUCCCAUUGAUGAAGAGUGUGAAUCCAUGGAUUCCACAAACUCAAUAGAUGGAGACUCUGCCCUGUUAAAGCCCGACACUCCAAUACCGCCAACCUACCCGGUGUUAUAUCCUGCAUAUUAUCCUCCAUUCUACCCGUAUCCUCUGCCUUAUUGGUCUGGAUACAGUCCUGCAGAGCCCCCAAAGAAAGAGGAGACACAUGAAGUGGUGAAGCCAACUGCGGUGCUUUCCAAAAGCCCAAUCAAUGUGGAUGAACUUGUCGGCAUGUCAAAACUGAGUUUGGGAGACUCCAUUGGUGACUCUGGCCCCUCCUCUCUGUCUCGAAAACUCGUCGAAGAAGGACCUUCCAGACAAUCAGCUUUUCAUGCUACUCCAGCAUGUGGCAGUUCAAAUAUAAAUGGCAGUGUCAUACAUGCAGUUUAAGAACUGUUCUGGGAGCGUUAUGAAAAUCAAUAUGUGGUCUUGUGCAUCAUAUAUCUGGAUGUGAGAUAAGAUAACCUUAGUAUUUUUCUUCUUUUACAGCUAUUAACCUAGUUUGUUUAUUUGCUGGUAGGCAGUAGCAUCUAGGAAUUACUUGGGUCUAAACUAUGUUUGUUAGUAAUUUCAUUUCUCAGGGUUGUGUAAUGUAAAGUUGGUUGUGCAGUUUGACAACCUCUAGCAAGUUGUGCUUCCUUUUAAGUACUGGAUUAGAAUGUUCAAGUAUUUUUUUUAUUUAACCUCGACCUCGCUUGCUAAAA